AUGGCAUCAGAUGUUUCCUCGCUGGGUGCAGCCGUCGGCUCCGGGAACCCCGGACCGGGUGCGCAAGCUGGAGGAGCCAUCGCUCAGAGAGCCAACAAGAGGCGUCCUGGGCUUGAUUUUGAUGAUGAUGGAGAAGGGAACAGCAAAUUCCUCAGAUGUGAUGAUGACCCGAUGCCAAACGAUAAAGAGAGAUUUGCCAGGUCUGAUGAUGAACAGAGUUCAGCGGAUAAGGAGAGACUUGCCAGGGAAAAUCACAGCGAGAUUGAACGUAGGCGAAGGAACAAGAUGACUGCCUACAUCACAGAGCUGUCAGACAUGGUGCCCACCUGCAGUGCCCUGGCCCGCAAACCAGACAAGCUCACCAUCUUGCGCAUGGCUGUCUCUCACAUGAAGUCCCUGCGCGGCACAGGCAAUACCUCCACUGACGGCACCUACAAACCCUCCUUUCUCACUGACCAGGAACUCAAACACCUGAUCCUAGAGGCAGCCGACGGCUUUCUGUUCAUCGUGUCCUGUGAGACCGGGAGGGUGGUCUACGUCUCUGAUUCCGUGACUCCUGUCCUGAACCAGCCCCAGUCGGAGUGGUUUGGCAGCACCCUGUACGACCAGGUGCACCCAGAUGACGUGGGCAAGCUGAGGGAGCAGCUCUCCACAUCGGAGAAUGCGCUGACAGAAGGAACCAAACCCUGGUGCCUUUCUAACAAGGAUCCUGCAGCCCCCCCUGAGAAUGCAUCUAAAGGUCGCAUCCUAGAUUUAAAGACGGGGACUGUCAAGAAGGAAGGUCAGCAGUCCAUGAGGAUGUGUAUGGGUUCACGGAGAUCUUUCAUCUGCCGAAUGAGGUGUGGCAACAGCUCAGUGGAUCCAGUCUCUGUGAAUCGUCUCAGCUUUAUGAGGAAUCGCUGCAGGAAUGGCUUAGGUGCAGCCAAAGAGGGCGAACCUCACUACGUCGUGGUGCACUGCACGGGCUACAUAAAAGCCUGGCCCCCCGCAGGUGUCUCACUGCCUGAUGAUGACCCGGACGCUGGCCAGGGCAGCAAGUUUUGCCUCGUGGCUAUUGGCAGGCUCCAGGUCACUAGCUCACCCAACUGCACAGACAUGAACAAUGUUUGUCAGCCAACAGAGUUCAUCUCCCGACACAACACCGAAGGCAUUUUCACUUUCAUAGAUCACCGCUGCGUGGCUACGGUUGGCUACCAGCCGCAGGAACUUCUGGGGAAAGACAUCGUGGAUUUCUGCCACCCGGAAGACCAACAGCUUUUGCGGGACAGCUUUCAGCAGGUGGUGAAGUUAAAAGGCCAGGUUCUGUCAGUCAUGUUCCGAUUCCGAUCCAAAAACCGGGAAUGGCUCUGGAUGAGAACCAGCUCCUUUACCUUCCAGAACCCCUACUCGGAUGAAAUUGAGUACAUCAUCUGUACCAACACCAACGUCAAGAACUCGAGCCAGGAGUCUCGGCCUGCCCUGUCAAACUCAAUGCAGAGGCCCCAGCUGGGGCAGGGUGUCAGCCUUCCCCUGGAGAUGGGCACAGCACAGCUGCCCGCAAGGCAGCAGCAGCCGCCACAACAGACGGAGCUGGAAGUGGUCCCAGGAAGAGAGAGCCUGUCUGGUUACGACCACUCGCAGGUUCCUGUUCAGCCUGUGACUGCCGCCGGCCCAGAGCACAGCAAGCCCCUGGAGAAGGCAGAGAGCCUUUUUAAUCAGGAGCGGGACCCAAGGUUCAGCGAAAUCUACAGCAGUAUCAAUACAGACCAGAACAAAGCUAUUCCUGCCAGCACCGUGCCUGCCAACCAGCCCCUCUUCACGCAGGGAAACACUUUCACCCCGUCGCGACCUGCCGAGAACUUCAGGAGCAGCAGCAUGGUACCUCCCGUGAACAUUAUUCAGCAGCAGCCCUCCUCAGCGGGCCGGAUCUUGGCACAGAUUUCACGCCACUCCAACCCAGCUCAGGUCAGCGGAACCAACUGGGCUGCAGGGACACGGCCAGCGUUCACACCCCAGCAAGUGGCGUCCCAGACGGUGAAGACUCGGCCCCCUUCCUUCAGCAUGGGGACUUUCCAAGGCACCCCGUCCUCCUUCAGCACCAUGACGGCACCUGGCUCUACAGCUUCUCCUACGGGCGCUGCUUACCCGAACCUUGCCAGCCGUGGCACGGGCUUCACCACGGAGGCAGCGCAGACCCCCGCUCCGUUCCAGACGCGGGCAACCGAAGGUGUGGGGAUGUGGCCGCAGUGGCAAGGACAGCACCACGGCCCGGCGUCCGGGGAGCAACACGUGCAGCAGCCGCAGCCAAGCCAGCCUGAGGUCUUCUCAGACAUGCUGACAAUGCUGGGAGACCAAGGACCCAACUACAACAAUGAAGAGUUCCCAGAGUUGAAUAUAUUCCCUUCUUUUUCAGAAUAAAAUAAGCCCUAGGGGAAGCAAAUUAUAGCUCUAUAUAAUAUCCAUGCGUAAAGGAAAACACCUAAGUCUUUUUUUCAAAGACUGCUGAACUUUCUAAACACUUCCUACCUUCUGGAGGCGAAGCUCUGCCCGACAGCCUGGAGGACGGAUGCCACGCAGGAGGAAGGUGGGGUGGUUUGGGCACCUCCUCCGUGCGGUGCUGGCAGUGGGGGACCGCUCGCCUGGAGGCUUCAGGACUCGGUGCUGCGAGAGCAGCCGCGCUCAUUGACCGGAGGCCCCGUGUUUCCGGCGCCGCUCGCGAGCGGUUUUCGUUCUGCACGCCGGGCUGGUCGGAGGGACUCCUGCCUGGGUUACAGACAGCCCCUCCAAACUCCUAAGGUGGCUUUUACUGGUUUUACUUCAGUCUUCUAUACCGUGACUCUUUUUCUAUAAAACACAAAGUAUUGUAACUUUUUUAAAUAUUGGAAGAAACUCUUCCAAGCGUUAA